AUGCUCUUCCCGCGCAUGUCCUGCUUCUCCGCGCUCCUCUUCACGCUCGUUUUCUUCACGACUGCACAUGCCUCCGUGAUCCCCUUUGGCCACAAAAGCCUGAACGUCGCGCGUUCGCCUUCAGAGACAUGGACCAACGCACAACGCCUCGCCGCGGGCCUUCCCCCGCGAGCCCCCCGCCGCCUCAAGCGCGCCCCCACACCCACCGAGCCCGGUCUUGCGAAGCGCGCCGCUCCCAGCCCGAGCCCUAGUGCCAAUGCCCUUGCAGGUGUCCGAGUUGCGACAGAAAAGGCCUACACUGGCACACUCCAAGUACGCACCGUCGCCGACAACGCCACCCUCGGUUUCGUGCGGCUCUCUUCGUCCGGCGUCGAGCUCGCCACCGCCGAGGGCUCCCCUGUCGCCUUCACGGCCGUUGGGAGCGUCCCCUUCAGCAUCGCGACGGUGAGUGUGGACGAUCGCUGCGUUACCCCGCAGCGCCACUGA